AUGCUUCCCUGCCAGUUUGAUUUCCUCUCCGGUUCUGAUGGUUGUUGCCCUGUGCAGCACCUCAGCCCCGGGGAAAUCACCCGCCGCAACGGUGUUGCCUCUGCCUGCUCGAUCCCGACCCCUUACACGGGAAAGGUUGACGGGCCUAGGCCGCAUCGCUGCGGCGACCGAAGUCCGGGUGCCUUUUGGUGCCCGGCAUCGUUGGAGUCUGUGGAUCACUGGCCGCUGGCCAUACCCGAUACUCAGAUUCCUGGAGGGAGCCGCCCCGCGGAAUCCGCCGUUCGUCGGCGUGCCCGCGGGGUCCGGACCCUUCACCCGAGGACCAUAUGCCGCAGCCAGACAGCGCCCGCAAGGGCGGCCUGA